GCCAUCUUGGAUCCGCGGGACAAGAAAAUUCAUGCGAGGGAGAACUGGUGGGCGGUCCUUCCUGUGACACGACCCUUGAGUGACAGUUCUAUUUGAUUGCCUCCAGUACUGUGAGGAAAGGACACGACUCUAUGGUGAGGACUGAUGGACAUACAUUAUCUGAGAAAAGAAACUACCAGGUGACAAACAGCAUGUUUGGUGCUUCAAGAAAGAAGUUUGUAGAGGGGGUCGACAGUGACUACCAUGACGAAAACAUGUACUACAGCCAGUCUUCUAUGUUUCCACAUCGGUCAGAAAAAGAUAUGCUGGCAUCACCAUCUACAUCAGGUCAGCUGUCUCAGUUUGGGGCAAGUUUAUACGGGCAACAAAGUGCACUAGGCCUUCCAAUGAGGGGGAUGAGCAACAAUACCCCUCAGUUAAAUCGCAGCUUAUCACAAGGCACUCAGUUACCGAGCCACGUCACGCCAACAACAGGGGUACCAACAAUGUCACUUCACACGCCUCCAUCUCCAAGCAGGGGUAUUUUGCCUAUGAAUCCUAGGAAUAUGAUGAACCACUCCCAGGUUGGUCAGGGCAUUGGAAUUCCUAGCAGGACAAAUAGCAUGAGCAGUUCAGGGUUAGGUAGCCCCAACAGAAGCUCGCCGAGCAUAAUAUGUAUGCCAAAGCAGCAGCCUUCUCGACAACCUUUUACUGUGAACAGUAUGUCUGGAUUUGGAAUGAACAGGAAUCAGGCAUUUGGAAUGAAUAACUCCUUAUCAAGUAACAUUUUUAAUGGAACAGAUGGAAGUGAAAAUGUGACAGGAUUGGACCUUUCAGAUUUUCCAGCAUUAGCAGACCGAAACAGAAGGGAAGGAAGUGGUAACCCAACUCCAUUAAUAAACCCCUUGGCUGGAAGAGCUCCUUAUGUUGGAAUGGUAACAAAACCAGCAAAUGAGCAAUCCCAGGACUUCUCAAUACACAAUGAAGAUUUUCCAGCAUUACCUGGUUCCAGUUAUAAAGAUCCAACAUCAAGUAACGAUGACAGUAAAUCUAAUUUGAAUACAUCUGGCAAGACAACUUCAAAUACAGAUGGACCCAAAUUCCCUGGAGAUAAAAGUUCAACGACACAAAAUAAUAACCAGCAGAAAAAAGGGAUCCAGGUGUUACCUGAUGGUCGGGUUACUAACAUUCCCCAAGGGAUGGUGACGGACCAAUUUGGAAUGAUUGGCCUGUUAACAUUUAUCAGGGCAGCAGAGACAGACCCAGGAAUGGUACAUCUUGCAUUAGGAAGUGACUUAACAACGUUAGGCCUCAAUCUGAACUCUCCUGAAAAUCUCUACCCCAAAUUUGCAUCACCCUGGGCAUCUUCACCUUGUCGACCUCAAGACAUAGACUUCCAUGUUCCAUCUGAGUACUUAACGAACAUUCACAUUAGGGAUAAGCUGGCUGCAAUAAAACUUGGCCGAUACGGAGAAGACCUUCUUUUCUAUCUCUAUUACAUGAACGGAGGAGACGUAUUACAACUUUUAGCUGCAGUAGAGCUUUUUAACCGUGAUUGGAGAUACCACAAAGAAGAACGAGUAUGGAUUACCAGGGCACCAGGCAUGGAGCCAACAAUGAAAACCAAUACAUAUGAGAGGGGAACAUAUUACUUCUUUGACUGUCUUAACUGGAGGAAAGUAGCUAAGGAGUUCCAUCUGGAAUAUGACAAAUUAGAAGAACGGCCUCACCUGCCAUCCACCUUCAACUACAACCCUGCUCAGCAAGCCUUCUAAAAAAAGACUUCCCUUUUCUUGGGGUAUGGCUGUCUCAGCACAAUACUCAACAUAACUGCAGAACUGAUGUGGCUCAGGCACCCUGGUUUUAAUUCCUUGAGGAUCUGGCAAUUGGCUUACGCAAAGGGUCACCAUUUGAGGUCCUGCCUUACUAAUUAUGUGCUGCCCAACAACUAAAUUUGUAAUUUGUUUUUCUCUAGUUCGAGCAGGGUCUGAAUUUUUUUUCAUUUAUUUUCUUUUUUUUUGCCAGCAGACAGACUUGGGUCUGUAAAGACAAGCAAGUACACUGACAGAAGUUUACCAUUUAGUUUCUAAAAUGUAAAAAAAGAAAACCCACAAAAGACUCAACAGAAUUAGACCACAAAAUUUGCAUUGUUCAUUGUAGCACUAUUGGUAAUAAAAUAACAAAUGUUUGUGCAUUUUUAUGUGAAGAUCCUUCUCGUAUUUCAUUUGGAAAGAUGAGCAAGGUCUGCUUCCUUCAUUUUACUUCCCCUUCUGUUUUUGAAAGGCAGUUUCGCCAAGCUUAACGCAAGAAUAUCUGACUGUUUAGAAGAAAGAUAUUGCCACAAUCUCUGGAUGGUUUCCAGGGUUGUGUUAUUACUGAGCUUCAUCUUUCCAGAAUGAGCAAAACACUGUCCAGUCUUUGUUACGAUUUUGUAAUAAAUGUGUACAUUUUUUUUAAAUUUUUGGACAUCACAUGAAUAAAGGUAUGUAUGUACGAAUGUGUAUAUAUUAUAUAUAUGACAUCUAUUUUGGAAAAUGUUUGCCCUGCUGUACCUCAUUUUUAGGAGGUGUGCAUGGAUGCAAUAUAUGAAAAUGGGACAUUCUGGAACUGCUGGUCAGGGGACUUUGUCGCCCUGUGCACUAAAGGGCCAGAUUUUCAGCAGCCAAGGACAUCCAUACCCAAGUGAAUGUGAUGGGACUUAAAGAAGUGAACUGAGACAAUUCACUCUGGCUGUUUGAACAGCAGCGUUUCAUAGGAAGAGAAAAAAAAGAUCAAUCUUGUAUUUUCUGACCACAUAAAGGCUUCUUCUCUUUGUAAUAAAGUAGAAAAGCUCU